AUGGAAUCCCGACCUGCUUUCCUUCAUCCUCCUGGAAAUAAUGAGCCCAAGGCAUGCAGGGAGUCCAAGCCCUCAAGCCAACACAGAAAGGGAAACCUCUCUCCUGGAACCAGGACAAGACUUGGAGACUCUUAUGGCAUUGAUGUAAAAGCUAAAGAACUGGAGGAGAGAUCCACCUCCAAGGAAUCCACUGCCCAUAUAAAAACACUAAAACACACUGCAUUAGCCACCGCAGCCAUCCCAGCUGCAGAACCCCUCGCUGCGUCCACACCUGCAUCGAAAAUAUCCACUAUGCAUUCAACGACAACCAAUCAGGUCACUGAGGGAAUAACUAACACACUUGCUAUGACUAAAACAGGAUUGAAACCACCAACCAAAAUAGUUUCACCUGAAGUGGAGGUCUUAAGUUUAUCCGGCCAAACUGGACCCAUUGGGCCAAAACUGAGCCAUGAGAAAAAGCUGCAAGCGAGUGCGAAAACAUUUCUCAAAAACAUGCAAAAAACUGCCUCAACAUCUCAUAUCGUGGGCUCCACAGACUCCCCACAAAAGAUGCUUCACAAAACAUCAUCUGCUUCCCAGAUUUCCUGUACCGACUCUCCCAGGAGUCUCCAGCGGACUUCUCUCUCACACAUUCCUAGAGCCACUUCCAGCCCCAAACUUAAACCGCCCCAGCAUGCAUCUCUCAAAGUGGACAUAAACGAGCGGAAUAGAAGAGCUACAGUCAAAGAAGGACUGCUGUUGCCUUCUCGGAAAGAUAAAAUGAUUGAUACAUUAGUGGAGAGCAAACUGCAACUGGGGACGGAAACAGCAAUGGGGGAGUGUCCACGGGGACGAGAGAUAAAGAAUGGGAAUGAGAGAGAAGGAGAGGAAAGAGAGGAUGCUGUCCUUCAGGGUCAAGGUCUUAGAGGAAGUGAUGUCAUCAGGAUUCACUCCAAAGGGUGGGAAGAAACGUUGUCUCCGUCGUCACACCGAGCAACAAACCCCUCUAUCAAACAGCUAAGAGAGCAAGAAGAUAAGACUGACGCAUAUGUCACGACCCAAGAGAGACACGCAGGAAAGAGUCAGAGUCUGUGGGAAAAGAAGGGAAGGGAGGAAGCAGAGAGAGAGCAGAGAAAGAAGGAAGCUGAUACAAUGGCGACUGAGGUCGGGAAGGAUGCUAUAAUGAAUGAAAAGAACUUGAAGGAUGCGGUGACUAUGACAGCUGAAGGUUUCCCAGUCGCUGAAAUGAAGGAUGUGGCACUGCAGGCGGAUCUGCAAGCGGUGUACGUUGACGUCGAGGUCCAGGCGGAUGUGGAGGUCUACAGCAGAUCCACAGACACGAGUCCAGUCCACGAUUCUCAACCCCGCCAGUUGAACCCUGAGAUUAACCUCAAUACUAAAGUUGGCCUGCACAAUGAGCUCAACCCCGACAGUAGCUCAGACUCUGAUUGGCUGCCAACUGUAGCCUCACCGGACCCCAAAUCAACAGGAUCCAAGCCUAGAUUUCUAGGCGCACCUUUUUCUAAGUCCUCCAAUAGCCAGAAAUCUCUUCAACACAUCUGUCAAAUAGAGAUUGAGCUUCGUAGCCAGUCCCCUCAACCUCUUGGUUCGGUUCCUCCUCAAGUAACCAUCAGUGAAUUUGACACAACUUGUCAAGUCUCGCCUGGGAUGUCGGAGGACUCUGGGAGAACAGCAGAGGUGGAAGGAGAAAAGGAGGAGAGCGGUGCACCUCAGGAGAUCAUCUGGGAUGAGAAGGGAAUGACGUGGGAAGUCUAUGGAGCGUCAUUGGACAUGGAGUCCCUGGGAUUUGCCAUCCAGAACCACCUGCAGAGCAAGAUCCGUGAACACGAGUGGCGUAUCGGCACGCUCCGGAAGUCCAUAUGCCUCUCCGAACAAUCGUUCGGAAAGGACAGGACAGGAAAGAGAAAGAGGAGCAUCUUUAGAUCGCUGUUUGGCGGAUCAAAGUGCUGCUCGAAUCCCAAAGAGGAAGUGGAAAAGUGACUCAUUGUUAUGUAAAUGUAUUUUGUAGAUAGUGCUACACUGGAGAAGGUAUAGCAGACCUAAAAAUGUAAAAAAAUAUGUAGGCUUCUAUUGCUUGACUCUAGACCAUGUUCAGAAGCUUAAGGUCUUGGAAUUAUUUAUUGCCUAUGGCCUUGUCCCAAAUUGCAAGCUUGUUGUGAACUUAAGGUCUCAUUGCCUUACGCUUGUUCUUGACUAUGAAGUGCAUGAGACUGUAGAGUCUUCACUGUAGAGAUGACACUUAUGGUCAUACUGGUGCAGGUUUUGGAAGUCUGGAAUGUUCUUAAAUGUCUCUUAAGGGGAUAGUACAUUAAAAAAAUGAACAUUCUAUCAUCAUUUACUCACCUCAUGUCAUUCCAAUCCUCGUAGGACUUAGUUUCUUCUACGGAGCCCAAAAGAAGAAUGUGU